GCUUCCAUUCCAAGGUGUAUCCUACUGAGUACUUGCAGGGUUAAAUCCAGGCAGCUCCAGUUCUUCAUUGGAGCCCGGAUUCCCCCCACCAAACCUGCCCUCUUCAACAGUACUUUGCAGAAACUCCUUCUUUUCAAAGUCUGGCACUUUAUUUUCCUGGGCGUUACCCCCGGCGGGUUCCCCGGAGCUCUGGUUCUCUCCGCCAGCAGGAGCUCACCCCCCCUUCUCUGACAUUUCAGGGAGUUGUCCGAGCUGUGUUAUUGGCGGCAAAGCGGUGACUUUCACUUUCGUUUCUUCUCUUCCCGGAGUCUCCCCGGCGGGCGCUCUCGCACGAUUAAGAAGAAUGGCUGCUGUCGUAUCUAGAUUAACACAAGAUGAAGUAAAGCAACUGCAAAAUCUGUUGGGAAGCAGACACUUCACUCUUCUUUAUAAGGGAAGCAUACAUGGCUAUAAUGCUUCUGUAUUUCAUGCCAAGUGUGAUGCCCAAGGGCCAACUUUAGCUGUAGCAUAUAAUGGAAGUGGUUAUAUUUUUGGAGGCUUUACAUGUAAGAGCUUUAGUUCAUCUGGAGUGUACAUAAAUGAUGAGAAGGCUUUCCUCUUUAGAUUAAAAGAGAAAGAUGGUGUGCUCAGCCCAUUGAAAAUUCCUGUUAAGGCUUCAACAGGUGCUGUAUAUGAUCAUAGUUCUAAUGGCCCUAAUUUUGGAGGUGGAGCACUACAGUUGCUGGUCCAAAAUACGGCAACAGCAGCAACAAGUUCCAACAACACCUACACAUACAAUGUUGCUGAUUUGCAUGGAAAUGAUGUAGGCCUUAUAGAAUGUGAGGUGUAUCGAGUUGAAGAUAUUAGCAGUUUCCUGGAAUCUCCAUGGAGAAAGAUUACAUGGACAACUGAACCUUAUUUAAAUUCAGUGCCACAGAUUCGGAUUUUGGUCAUUGGUCCAAUUGGAGCUGGGAAGUCCAGUUUUUUCAACUCUGUGAAUUCUGUUUUUCGAGGUUAUGUGACAAGCCAAGCCAUAGCAGGAUCUGAUAACACUAGUGUGACUACACAGUACAGAACUUACCCAGUUAAAGAUGGAAGAGAUGGCAAGCCUCUGCCUAUUAUCUUCUGUGACACGAUGGGAAUAGAAGAAAAAUCAGGAACUGGUCUGGAAAUUGAUGAAGUGUCCAACAUAAUAAAAGGCCAUGUACCUGAUAGAUACCAGUUUAAUCCAGCUGCCACACUUCGUCCGGAUUCUCCAGGCUAUAUCAAGAAUCCUUCUCUGAAGGAUCAGAUUCAUUGUGUUGCAUUUGUUAUUGAUGGGUGCAAAAUUGAGAUUCUCCCUGAAAAGCUGGAAGACAAGCUGAAACAACUUAGAAGAAAAGUGAACCAGUUUGGGGUCCCACAACUGGUUUUGCUGACGAAAGUGGAUGAAAUUUGUCCUGCUCUUGAAGAAGACAUCCAAUGUGUGUACAAAAGUAAAGCUGUUGAGAAACAGAUGCGGAUAACUGCAGAGAAACUUGGAAUCCCUCUUGCUCAGAUUUUACCUGUUAAAAACUACUGCUCUGAGUUGGAUCUUUCAUCCGAAGUUGACAUCCUGAUACUUUCUGCAGUGAGGCAGCUAAUACGUUUAGCAGAAAGCUACCUUGACAAUUUCCCUUUUGAGAAACCAAAAAAAGAGCUCUAACAUGAUGUUUACUGUGAUGCUGGAUAUUUUAUGUGCUAACCUUUUAAAAAUCCUUGAUACCAGAAGCCAAAUUUAGUGCUGCUCUAAGCAGUGUUUCUCAAAGUGUUCUGCGAAACCACUUUGAGAAACCUGGUAACUGGCCACAGCUCUCUUUGGACCCCUUUUGAGUGUCCACACACACCUUUUUGCGCAAGAAGGAGGUUUUGUGCAAAAACCCUAUAGUGUAAACAUAGCCUCAAUAAACACACCGGAGCACCCAGUUAGCAGGUUUCUCAGAGUGGUUUCACGGACCACUGACUUCAGAGGAAUGGUACUUGAUUAUGUUAGUGGUGAAUUUGGUCCAAAGGUUUUAUAUCUUGCUACUGCUUAUGAAGAUUAAUGGUAUUUUUGAAUGCAUCAAAGUCAGAAUAGAUUCUCCAGCUUUCAAGAUGGGAUUCCUUUAUUUAAAUAUUCCAUUCUUACUCUGCUCCUAACCUUCCAGUCAGAAAUGGCCUUUUCUACUAAAAGAAUUGUUUACAUAAACCUUUUAAGAAGUUGGCCCUUAAUAGUCUUUGUGAGUUGCUUCUUGCUAAAUCUAGUUCCUGUGCAUGCCAUAUAUUCUUUAUUUUUAUUCUUUUGAGUUUAUUAUACUAUUUAGUAAAGUAGUUUUUGUACCAAAAUUUUGUAGUUAAAUGCAUAUACAUGAACACGUGACAUGACCUGUGUGUUCAUAUUUCUCACUGACACGAUUAUAAAGAAUAGAGGAUUGUAUUAUAAGCAAGAGUUAAAUUGGUAAUUUACAUAACUAGUCUGGACUAGUGACGCCAACUAGGAAGUGUGAAUUAGUCUAAUUGUUUUGUGAUUUCAUCUGUUUUUCAAAAAGCUGUUUACGUUUAAAAGAAUUGAAACACUAGGUUGUAAAACAUUUAUUAGAUUAAUUGGAAAAUAAAUUACUGCAUGUACUUUUUCAAGCAUUUUCUUUAUCCAGGUUCAGGAUUGCAGUAAUUUUGCAAGAGGUUUUGUGCUUAUUGAAGGAGUGGGUGGUGAGGUUCUGUAGACUCUGAUGACCAAAAAAAUCAGCCUAGAUGGUCAAAAUAGUCUUUUUUGCCCUUAAAGUCCAUGAGAAGAGGUGAGACAGAGAUACAAAAAUACUACUUUUGCUCUUGCUUACACUGGUUAAACCCUGCUGUAACGCUAUUGACAUUAGCAUGUACUUCAGAUUUGUACUUGAGAACAGCAUUUGUGUUCGAUACUUCAUGAGCUGUAAUAUCAAAUGCAAUGGUAGCAUUAGAAAGAGUAUUUCUAUUAUACUUUAAUAGCUGUGGCUGUCCCAGAAAGAGUUGGUGUGGCUGGUACAGGUGACCUUCCCUUUCUGGCACCAUUGCAACCUGACUGAUCCUGGAUGAGGGAUUUUGCCAGACCAGGGGAGAUGACUUUGGACCCCUGCUACUGGCCGCCUGUCCCGGCUGCUGGCCUCCUGGCUGACUCCCCACCUCCUGCUGGCCCCUCUGCCCUGCCGACCCUAAUGGGCAGCCAUUGCUGCCAUAGUGCCGGGACCUGCUAGGCAGCUGUGCACCAUAGCUCCUUGUCCCACCAAGCUACCGUGGCUUCCAGCCCCACUGGGCAACCAUGCGCUGGGUCUCCCUGCUGGGCACUAUAUUGCCACUAUGGGUUGGUCCCACCGUUAGCUUGCUGAGGGCAGACCACUGCCCUACCAGCCCUGCAGGGAUCCUUGCCAAUGGCCCUUCACCAAGACUCUCUGGUCUUGCAACGUCCAUGCUGGACCAGAGAAUCCUGGUUAAGAGAGUUUUAACCAGUAUAUAGUUUCUUGCAGGUGUAAUCAAGGGGAAGGGCUUUUUCUUAUAUGAUAAACCAGACCUAAAAUUGAGCAGUGCAUGUUAUUUAACAAGAAUUCUUUUUUUUUUUCAUUAAAAGACUUGGUCCACUUUGCCCUCUAGUGGCCGACAGUUACAAAAAACUGAUUUCUGAAAAACAGUGCUAUAUAAAGAUGCUUUAGAAAAAGACUACAAUGCAGGAUUGUGAGUAAACCUCUUGCCUGA